GGUGAAAUGGCGCAGAAAGGAGUUCAGCUGGACCAGGAAACUUUCUCUUGUUCCAUCUGUCUGGAUCUACUGAAGGAUCCGGUGGCUACUACAUGUGGACACAGCUACUGUAUGAUGUGCAUUAAAACACACUGGGAUGAAGAGGAUAGAAAGGGAAUCUACAGCUGCCCUGAGUGCAGACAGACGUUCACACCGAGGCCUGUCCUGCUGAAAAACACCAUGUUAGCAGUUUUAGUGGAUGAGAUGAAGAAGACUGGACUCCCAGCUGCUGCUGCUGCUGCUGCUGCUGCUGCUAAUCUCUGCUAUGCUGGACCAGAAGAUGUGGCCUGUGAUGUCUGCACUGGGAGAAAACGGAAAGCCCUCAAGUCCUGUCUCACCUGUCCAGCCUCUUACUGUGAGCAACACCUCCAGCCUCAUUAUGACGCAGCUCCGUUAUCCAAACACAAGCUGGUGGAGCCCUCCAAGAAGCUGCAGGAGAACAUCUGCUCUCACCACGAUGAGGUGAUGAAGAUGUUUUGCCGUACUGAUCAGAAGUCUAUCUGUUAUCUCUGCUCUGUGGACGAACAUAAAGGCCACGACAUGGUCUCAGCUGCAGCAGAAUGGACGGAGAAGCAGAAAGAGCUGGAGGUGAGUCGACAAAACAUCCAGCAGAGAAUCCAGGUCAGAGAGAAAGAUGUGAAGCUGCUUCAACAGGAGGUGCAGAACAUCAAUCGCUCCGCUGAUAAAACAGUGGAGGAUGGCGAGAAGAUGUUCACUGAGCUGAUCCGUCUCUUGGAGAAAAGAAGCUCUGAGGUGAAGCAGCAGGUCAGAUCCCAGCAGGAAACUGAAGUGAGUCGAGUCAAAGAGCUUGAGGAGAAGUUGCAGCAGGAGAUCAGUGAGCUGAAGAGGAAAGAUGCUGAGCUGAAGAAACUCUCACACACAGAGGAUCACAACCAGUUUCUACACAGCUACCCCUCACUGUCAGCACUCAGUGAGUCCACAUCCAGCAUCCAGAUCCGUCCUCUGCGCUACUUUGAGGACGUGACAGAGGCUGUGUCAGAAGUCAGAGACAAACUACAGGACGUCCUGAGAGAGGAAUGGACAAACCUCUCACUGACAGUGACUGAUGUGGAUGUUUUACUGCCACAACCAGAGCCCACAACCAGAGCUGGCUUCUUAAAAUAUUCAUGUGAGAUCACACUGGAUCCAAACACAGCAUACACACGGCUGAUAUUAUCUGAGGGGAACAGAAAAGCAACAUACAAGAGGGAUCACCAGUCCUAUCCAAGUCACCCAGACAGAUUCACUGAUCGGUCUCAGGUCCUGAGUAGAGAGAGUCUGACUCGACGUUGUUACUGGGAGGUGAAGUGGGGAGGGGGUGCAGUUGAAGUAGCAGCUUCAUACAAGAACGUCAGCAGAGGGUCGAAUGAGUCUGUAUUUGGAUGCAAUGACAAAUCUUGGUCAUUAGAAUGUUACAACAACAAUUGUACAUUUUUGUACAACAACAUCCACACUCCUGUCUCAGGUCCUCUGCCCUCCAGAGUGGGAGUGUACCUGGAUCACAGAGCAGGUAUUCUGUCCUUCUACAGCGUCUCUGACACCAUGACCCUCCUCCACAGAGUCCAGACCACAUUCACUCAGCCGCUCUAUGCUGGACUUCGGCUUUAUGACAGUUUCGGAGCCACUGCUGAGUUCUGUAAACUCAAAUAACCAAAAUAAUUUAAAGGAUGCAGCUUAAAAUGUGUUUUAACUCGUACAGCUCCCAUAUUGUUCACCUUUGUUGUGUUUUAUAAGAAUAUACAUUUGUGGUUUUACGUUCUAAAACCAUUGGUGAAUGCAAAAAGACGAUGGCCACCGCUGAGGAAAAUGUUGUCAGACUUUACAUGUUAGAGCUGGAGUCAGAGACAUGAUAAUGAGUAUACUGCCGUAUCCUAUAGGAGCAGCUUCUUUGAGUGACGCCUUUUUAUUGUGCACGAUUUAGGAAGCAGUCAGAAAAUAUAUUUUCACAGUAUUUUUAUUGCAACUGCACCUGCUUUAUAAUCACAAGACUUGUAACUCAUGUUUUCUACAAUAUGGGACCUUUAAACUGAUUUCUUUCCAUGUUUGUUGCUGAGAGCUCAUCGUUGUGGCAUUUCUUCUCUGCAGAGAUAAGCUGUCAAUCAAACAUUAUGGGCGGGACUUUGACAUUUGCUCAUUAGUUGUUCUGUAGAUGUUUGACUUUCCGUCCUGUGUCUGUUGAGCCACGGAGGCUUUCACUGCUCAUGAUGACUGUUGUUCACCUCAACUCAUAUUUCUCUGCAUGAAAAUAUCAAUUUCUCUGUGCUCCAAAUGUUUGUUGAAUAUUCGUAUGUUGUUGUUUUUCUUUUACUGCAUGGGUCUGAAGAGAGAAAGCUCCAGAUAUUCAAAGAAAAUCUGUAAAAAAAAAAAAAAAAAUAGAAUUAUAUCUACAUUUAUUUGUUUGUUAAACCAAAUGUUGCUGUUAUAAUCUAAGUACAAAUGAGGCUCUAUGAUGUAUUAUAAAACUAUAAUUAUCAUGUUCAUAAUCGAUAAGGAAAUAAUCAUUAUUAUCUUGUAUAUCUCUGAGAUUCUGAUCAAACUAAUUGAUUGUGUGGAUGAAGUGAAUCUGUACAAGAAAUCACUGAACAAAAUUAUUUAACAAACUUCACUGAUGGGAUGUGUGAACAAACUGUUUAGAUAAUUAAUAAACAAACAAACAUAAACAAA